AUGGUUUACGAGUGUACUAAACGUUUAGGUAAUUAUUUCUGUUACGAUGCACCUGGUUCUCUGCAAGAACAAACAAUCGCUGAUAUGGACAUUAAUACCACACAAUUUGGAUUACUAUAUUCACUAUACAAUUGGCCAAAUGUAGUGCUCAGUCUGUUCGGUGGGUUUUUGGUGGACCGCCUCCUGGGUAUCAAAUUGGGUGCCAUAAUAUUCGCGUGCUUUACAUUCACGGGUCAAUUCCUGGUGGGUUUGGGGGCGUAUCUCAACCUGUUUUGGCUCAUGUGUUUGGGACGGUUUGUGUUCGCCAUCGGCGGCGAGAAUCUGGCCGUCACUGCAAACAUGCGGGCCGUCAAG